AUGCCGCAGCUGGCACUAGAGUUGUGUGGAAGCUCGACGAACACCUGGUGUGAGAUGGGAGGAUUGGCUGUGUACCCCAGUGAACCUUCGCCAUGGUAUGAGUUUGAGCUGCUCAAGAGGGGCACAGGCGAGGGCAGUGGUCCGACCCUCUUCCUCCAUUACAAGGGCAGCAACAAGCAUGUCAUUCCGGGCAUGUCGUGGAAAGGCCAUCCGGAAGGCUGCAACCAGGGAGGACGGAGACACAGAAAUUUCUUCGAAGACUACCCUCCGUGCAUCUCGGGGCCGGCCUCGACUCGGGAGCAGCUGACGGGGUGCCUGUGGAAUACGUCUUCACGAUGCAUGGGGUUCGUUCCGAGCGAGUCCAGGCGAACGGCCGUGAUGCUCCGUGACCCUCGGGACGUUGUCCUCUCGGAGUUUAGAAUGCGGCGAGACUAUUACCACCAGGAGGAAGUCAUGGCUAUCUCCGUAGACGACUUCAUCUGGGACCGGUUUCAGACCAUCGUUUCUUGGACGCACCAGCGGUGGGUAUGGCAUACGGAAACAGUCCUAAGCGAGUCGUCCCACGUUAUGUUUUACGAUGAUCUCCAGAUAUUUUCGGCAUGCUGCUGUAUCUCUAACCUCUCUGCUCCCGUUCGCGGUGCCCGUCGCUUAUUCUACACUCAAUCAUCGCUCAAGGCCAACCCCAUGGGCAUGAUCGACCUCGCCGCGUUCAUGGGUCUGGAGUGUUCCGAAGACCAGGCCCGUAACGUGUGGGAGUCUCACCAGAAUGCCAUACCUCACGGCGACUACACCACUCACGGGCUCCAACUGGGCACUAUCGAAUGGAUGAACGCCACCAUGGCUAGCCUUCUCCCCACGGCAGUGUCGCUUCACUGGGGACUUACCCCGACCGACACCUGA